UAUAUUGCAACGCACAAACACUGAACCGAUCCACAAAGAUGAGCACUAUCAAACCAUUAUGGUUUGUCCUCUCAACACUAAUCUUUCUACUUUCUGCAACUUCGGAUUCAUCACCCCUUGAAAACUUUCUCCAUUGUCUUUCAAAGCACUCAAGCCCUUCAAUAACAAAAGCCAUUUACACCCCACAAAAUCCUUCAUUUUUAUCUAUCUUGCACAUGCACACAUACAACCACAGAUUUUCUGCACCAACAGCACCGAAACCUUUGGCUAUUGUGACUGCUCUUGAUGAGUCACAUGUGCAAGGCACUGUUGUGUGUGCCAAGAGCAAUGGAAUUCAGAUUAGGAUCCGAAGUGGUGGCCAUGACUGUGAAGGCCUUUCGUAUGUUUCGGACGUGCCUUUUGUUGUUCUUGACAUGUUUCAUUUUGGAUCAGUUGAUGUAGACAUUGAAAGUGGAACAGCAUGGGCUGAAUCUGGUGCAACACUUGGUGAUGUUUACUAUCACAUUUCAGAGAAAAGUGGUGUUCAUGGUUUCCCUGCUGGGGUUUGCCCCACUGUGGGUGCUGGUGGCCACUUCUCUGGUGGUGGCUAUGGAAAUCUCAUGAGAAAAUAUGGUCUUUCUGUUGAUAAUAUCAUUGAUGCAAAAUUGGUUGAUGUCAAUGGUAACAUUCUUGACAGAAAGUCAAUGGGGGAAGAUCUGUUUUGGGCUAUAAGAGGAGGAGGUGGUGGUAGUUUUGGUGUCAUUCUUUCAUGGAAGAUCAAGUUGGUUUAUGUGACUCCAAAAGUGACUGUUUUCAAAGUGAUGAGAAACUUGGAAGAUGGUGCAAAGGGUCUUGUUUACAAGUGGCAAUUGAUUGCAACAAAAUUGCAUGACGAUCUUUUCAUAAGAGUGAUGCAUGAUGUUGUUGAUGGUACUCAAAAGGCCAAGAACAAGACCAUAAAGGUUACUUUUAUUGGUUUGUUCUUGGGAAAAAGUGAUCAAAUGUUGAGUUUGGUAAAUGAGAGUUUUCCUGAAUUGGGUUUGAAGCAAAGUGACUGCAUUGAAAUGCCAUGGAUCAAUUCCACCCUUUAUUGGUUCAAUUACCCUAUUGGGACCCCUAUUAAGGCUUUGCUUGAUGUGCCCAAAGAGCCCCUUUCAUAUAGCUUCAAAACCAUGUCAGAUUAUGUGAAGAGGCCCAUUAGAAAAAGUGCUCUUAAAUCCAUGUGGAAGCUUAUGAUUAAAAGUGAGAGUGUGAGGAUGGAAUGGAAUCCUUAUGGUGGGAAGAUGCAUGAGAUUUCACCAUCAGAAACUCCAUUUCCUCAUAGAGCAGGGAACUUGUUCUUGAUUGAAUACUUAACCACUUGGGGACAAGAUGGGGUUGAUGCUGCUAAUCGUUACCUGAACAUUUCAAGGUCAUUCUAUGAAUUUAUGACCCCAUAUGUUUCACACUCGCCAAGGGAGGCAUUUCUCAACUAUAGGGACCUUGAUAUAGGUUCCAAUUUUCCAAGUAAUGCAACAAACAUGAACAUUGCUCAAAGUUAUGGGAGCAAGUAUUUCAAAGGUAACUUUAAAAGAUUGGUGAGAGUGAAAUCUAAGGUUGAUCCCGAGAACUUCUUCAGACAUGAGCAGAGUAUACCACCUCUUUCCCAUUAGUUGGAAAAUCAAUUUUCCGUAAUUUAUUUUUGUAGUUGUUGAUUAUGUGUAAGAUCUAUUCGAUUAUUUUAAUCACUGGAGUGACUCAUGUAAUCUAUAUAAUGGCUUAUGGCUUUAAAUGAAAGUGUUAUAGAU